ACGACGACGGGAAACCGCUCGAUGCAUUUUGCUGUGCGUUCUCUCGCCGCGCGAUCGACCACCGGAACUGGCGGCACGGUCGACCUCAGCUCAACGCGCGGCGUACCGAGUGAUGCGAAUGCUAGCGUGCCGAUGUUCAUCAGUGCGGAGAAAACUGGCGGGGAAAAGUCGGACAUUGGGGAGGACAUGGUAUCCUCAACGCCCGGCAUUCCUCGCUCGCCAGACUUGCCUAACUUCUAGGCCUUGUGCUUUCCUCAAAAUCGAAAUGUUCUUCUCUCUUAUCUCUGUCCCCAGUCUCUCUAUGUUAUUUAUUGGUGUGGGUACAUACUGUAUCGACACAAGGAGACUCACGGUAUGUCUAAUUUGUCUGAUUUAAUUAUAUCUGAAGGUGGAGAGAUACGAGGUGACAACUAUAUAUAGCUUACAACCUUCUAUCUGCUCUGAAGUGCGAUUGUUAUGUUAUGACCACCGUCAUUCGUUGUUAACUCAGUGAUCG